UGAGCCACAGUACCAGCUCAUUUCAACUUCUUAUGUAUUGAGUCUAGAGCUCCAACACUGUGAGUCUCACCCUUAUUCCUGGAAACAUAUGUGGGUAUUUUAGGAUUCAGUGACCUUUGAGGAUGUUGCUGUGGACUUCACCCAGGAGGAGUGGGCUCUGCUGGAUCCUGCCCAAAAGAAGCUCCACAGAGAAGUGAUGAUGGAAAUCUUUAGGAACCUGGCUGUUGUGGGAAAAAAACAGGAAGACCUUAACAUUGAAGAUGACUACAAAAGUGCCAGGAAAAAUAUAAGAUACCAAGUAAUCAAGACACUUUGUGAACAAAAGGAAGGUAGGCAAUGUGGAGAAAUCAUCAAGCAGAUUCCAGAUACUAUUGUGAACAAGAAAACUAAAGUAAAAAUGUGUGAAAGUCAUGUGUGUGGAGAAGUCUUCGUGGGUCACGCAUCCCUAAAUGUGCCUAACAGUUACGAGUAUCUGAAAUACGGAGAUGAGCUCCAUAAAUGCAGAGAAUGUGGGAAAACCUUCAGUUACCUAAAAUGCUUUCUGAAGCAUGAACAAACUCACACUCAAGAGAAACCCUAUAUAUGUAAGCAAUGUGGUAAAGCCUUCACUUAUCCCAGUUUGCUUCUAUACCAUGAAAGGACUCACACAGGAGAGAAACCCUAUUCAUGUGAGCAAUGUGGGAAAGGCUUUUCCUCUUUGAGUAAUGUUCGAAUACAUGAACAAACGCACACUGGAGAGAGAUCCUAUGUUUGUGAGCAAUGUGGGAAAGCCUUUUCUUCCAUGAGUAAAGUUCGAGUACAUGGACGAGUUCACACUGGAGAGAAACCCUAUGUAUGUAAGAAAUGUGGAAAAGCCUUCUCCUAUCGUAAUUACAUUCGAUACCAUGAAAGAAUUCACAGUGGAGAGAAGCCCUAUGGAUGUAAGCAGUGUGGAAAAGCCUUUGUUCGACCCAGUCACCUUCACCGACAUGAAAGAAUUCACACUGUAGAGAAACCCUAUGGAUGUAAGCUGUGUUGCAAAGCCUUCUCUAACUACAAUUCCCUUCGCUAUCAUGAAAUGGUUCACACUGGGGAGAAACCAUAUGUAUGCAAACUAUGUGGGAGAGCCUUUUCUUGUUUGAGUACCCUUCGAAGACAUGAACGAAUUCACACUAAGAGAGACCCUAUGUAUGUAAGCAAUGUGGGAAAGCCUUUACUCGUUCCAGUCACCUUCAAGGACAUGAAGGCACUCACACUAGAGAGAAAUCAUGUGUAUGUAAGCACUGUGACAAGGCCUUCACUAAUCACAAUUGCCUUCGGUUCCAUGAAAGAGUUCACGCUUUGGAGAAACUCUGUGUAUGUAAGCAAUGUGGGAAAGCAUUUUCUUCUUCAAGUAACCUUCAAAGACAUGAGCAAACUCACACUGGAGAUAAACCCUGUCUUUGUAAGCAAUGUGGAAAAGCCUUCACUUAUUCUGCUUCCCUUCAGAAACAUGAAAGGACUCAUUGAAGGUAAUUGCUUAAGAUAGAAUGUGAGAAGGCUUUGUUAUCACAUGACCUUUCUAGCAAAUGGGACAGUGCAAACAGCAGACAGGUAGUAUCAACAAUGUAAAAUGUAUGGGUCACCUCUAGUCUCAGUUGAAAUCACAAACAUAAAAGAGUGCUGUGGUGAGAAAUCCUGAAGAAAAGAGUUGGGCAGAAGUCUUUCCUUGUCCCACGCCAAAGAAUGCAUCUAAGAUCAAAACCAUAUAAAUGUAAAAAACAA